GUAAUAACAGACUAUGCAGUUUGUCGACUAAAGUCUUACAUAACUUUCAAUAUAUAUUUGAAAAUUAUUUUAUAAACUGAGAAAGGAGAAAAUGGCUUCUAUUCUUAUUAGAAUCAUUCUAAUUGCCUGUUUCGUUUUGGAAAAGAAUUUAUUCAGUGAAUCUCAAAUGUUAGAAUCAAAAUGUGGACCAUUAAUGUAUAAAAAUGCAGAAGUUUCAAUAAAUGAGGGGCAAAAUAUUGCAAAAAUAAUUUGCAAUCAAAACUAUUCAAAUCAAGGUGAUGAUGAAGUGCGCUGCAUUAACAGAAUUUGGUCUAGUUCAAUAAAACCCAAUUGUGUUCAUAACGAUUGUUUAAAGUCGAUUCCGACAAAGAAUAUUAAGAAUGGACGAUUCGAAAUUUAUAUUCAAGAUGAAUAUUUCUUGCACUAUUCUUGCAACGAAAAUUAUGUACUGAUAGGACGAGUCAUUUCAAUCUGUAUCGACGGAAAUUGGUCAACUCAUCCACCUAUAUGUCGACUGAAAAGCAACGUAUCCAAUAUAAUAGAUAAUAAUUGUUUAAAUAAUUCUACACAUUAUACACUUGAAAAUGGAAAAGUGUCAGACAGAGCUUUAGGAAAAUAUGGCGAUUUACGCUUGACCUACACUUGCAAUAAAAACUACAAGUUAAUAGGAUUUAGGAUAGUAACUUGUAUUGAUGGAAUAUGGAUGGAUAAAGAUCCAUCUAGAUGUGAGUUUAGCGGAGAGAGACAAUAUGGAACUACUACUGAACCAGCAAUGAUUGAGUGUGAGGCCUUUGAGUAUAAAAAUGCAAAAGUUGACAUAAGCAAAACGGGCAAUAUUGCGACUGUAAAAUGCCAGGAAAAUUAUACACUUUUCGGCAAUUCAAAAUUCUAUUGUAUAAGGGGAACUUGGCAGCAGAGGAAUUACCCUUUAUGUGUCCACAACGACUGUUUACCAAAUUCUUUCGAUUUUGCUCUCGAAAAUGGAAAAUUGCCAGCUGCAAAAUUAAUUGAUGAUGAAAAUAUAAAUUUAAUUUACAAUUGCAACGAAGGUUACAAACUAUUAGGAAUGAAUACAGCAGUUUGCAGUAAUGGAAAGUUGUUGAGUAAACCUCCUGUUUGUAAACCUAAAGAAGUAGAAGUGCAUCAAUCUUCUAUUGAGAAUCAAUCAAUAGGUUGUAAAUUAUUCGAGUACAAAAAUGCGAGAGUUAGAAUAAACGAAAUAGGGAAUAUUGCAAAAGUAAGUUGUAAUUCGAAUUAUUUUCUCUAUGGUUAUUCGUUUUACGAGUGUAUCAACGGAAAAUGGGAGCAAGAUAACUUUCCAAGAUGUAUUCAUACUGACUGCUUUUUCAUGGAAGAACGUUCUAUUCAAGAUGGAGAAAUUUUGAAAACAUCCUUCGGAACAUUUGGCGAGGUAAAUGUGAUUUAUGACUGCAAUAUAGGGUACAAUCUGACGGGAAAACGAAUGUCGAGCUGCUAUGAUGGAAAGUGGACUAGUGAUCCUCCUGUAUGCGUCUUAAAAGAUAUUUAAUUUUCUAAUAAUCGGGGGGAUUGGAAGGAAUUAUGGGGAAAUUAAUUCUUCGAUCAAAGUGAAGUAGAUUUAUAGUUACAAGAAAUUUUGUGUUUUUGAUUGUAUUAGAUUGUAAGUCUUUGGUAUGUUGUUACAUAAAGUUUGAUGAAGAGUCAUUCAAGGAAAUAUGAGCGAUUUUGAAAUAAGUAUAGGAGAAGGCAUGUUGAAAUUGCUAGUUAAUACUUAGAUGCAGAACACUUGGCGUCUCUAGUUAAGUCCAUGAAUAGCGAGACUUGAGGAAUGACGCUUUCAAUGUUGUACAACUAUUUUGUUAUACUCCCACCAUUCACGACCACACGAAUUCUUAGGAAAGCGUAUACCAACUUGUACUAAACUAACUUUAACUUCUCCUGUUUCUAAAGGAAAACAACAAUGCCUCCUUUCACUUCAAUGACAACAAGAAAGGAAAUUCUUUUUAAGUUUUAAGUUGACAAUUUUACUUAUUUGUUGGUUCGUGUAAAAAUAUAAAUUCAUCAAAAA